AAAUCAGUUAAGAGAUGUCUUUUAAUUGAAGUGCACCCAUUGACAGUGAACUUGAGAUUUAAAAGGGCUGCUGAAAGUUAAUGCACAAUAAUCACUUUAUUGUUGCCAUUAAGUUCGCUUAACGAGUCGAUUUUCAAUUGUCAAUUUGCCAAAAUUCUUAGCAGAUAUGAAGAUGAAUUGGGCUGUUGUCAGAAGCAAUUAUUUUAAGUUGCGCUACCAGAACUAUGAGAUGGACGAUGAACCGCGAACGGUUGAAUUGCACGGUGACAUAAUUCUUGACAAAUACCAUUGGCUUGAAGAAGACACCGGUCGAAGAGACACCCAGUUAUCAUAUGAGGAGUAUACACUACAGCAAUAUUUACGAUUAAAUCAAUCAAAAAAUGAUUGGGUCAAAGUUCGAAAAAUAUUUCGUGAUGCAGGCGAUCACAAACUGUUUACGGACGUACAAUAUCGCAACUGGUAUAUGUUUUAUAGCUACAUGGACUUUUCGCGUGGUAUUAACAAACCAAUUUUCUAUCGAGCAAGAUCGUUAAAGGGGCUCGAUCCGCAUAUUGUGCUCGAUUCAAAUAAGAUCUCCGGUACCGUUAUUGAACACGAAUACUCACCGAAUGGCGAAUAUUGUGCUUUUACCGUUAGCAAUGAAAUUGGUCCGAGUUUCAUUCAUGUUGUGAAUGUAGAAACCGGUGAAACUUAUGGACGAAGUAUAAUGUUUCAAAGGUUCUAUAAGAAAGUCAUUUGGAGUGAAGACAGCAAAGGAUUCUUUGUCUAUUACGACCCCAGAGGUGGUAACAAUCGCAGCAUAUUUUAUCAUCACUUAGACAAACGGAAACGCGAUAUAUUCAUUGUAUCCAUUCGAAGAGCCGAGACCCAUACAUCUUCCUUCCAGAUUAGUACUGAUUACAAAUACAUGAUUUUACGUGAGAGUUUAGUGGUGUCCGUUGCAAACAUUGAAUCGUUAGACAAGAAAAUUGAAUUCAAUUUGAUUUUCCGAAUAUUUCCGGAUGUUACUUAUAGCUAUGUGGGAAAUGAUGGAGAUGAGUUUCUGUUCUUAACAAAUCUAGAUGCUCCGAAACACAGGGUUAUUGAAGUCAACAUUAGUGCCGACAAUAGAGAGUGGGAUAGUUUUGCGGUUAUUGUUCCGGAAAACUGCGACAAACACGGUGUUUUACAAUCAGCGUACAAAUAUGGAGCGUAUUUAUUUCUGGUUUACAUCGAAAAUUUUCAGAACACCUUGUACCUAUUUUCUCUGGAAAUGAAAUGCAUUGAAUUCCGACUCGACAUAAAAGACGAACAAUUUCUAUCAACAAAAUGCGAUGCAUAUGGCUUCUACUUCGAGACAAUGUCCUACGAUUCGCUCUCCAAAAUCUACAAAAUUGAUUUCGUUCAACUGGUAAAUCGUCCCAAAAUUCAAAAUGUUUACAUAACGUUAAAGCCAAUGCUGAAGCGGAUGGCUACAGUGCCGAAUUUAAGUGGUUCGGAUUUUAGCAUUCAACACGAUUCGUUUUACAGUCUCGAUGGGUCCAAUGUUCCACUGACGGUGAUUCAAAAGAAGAACAAUGAUCCGAACAAACCGUGUCUGGUAUUCUCGUAUGGCGGCUUUAACGUUCCAAUGCUCCCUCAAUUCAAAUUGAUUUACCUUUUGUUCAUUGAGUUGUUCAAUGCUAUCGUUGUCAUCAUUUACAUCCGGGGUGGUGGUGAGCUCGGAGAUGAUUGGCGGUUAAAGGCAUCAGAAGCGGAAACAAGUUUUAACGAUCUGAUAGCUGGAGUUAACUACUUGAAAUCGAAAACAUACAAAAACGUAAUCGAUCCCAAUAAAAUUGCAUUCCUUGGCAUAUCACAUGGCGGAGUGACUGGUGCAGUUGCAAUCAACAGACGUCGUGAUUUAUUCCGUGCAGUGAUCCUUCAAAAUGCCAACGUGGACUUAAUUCAUGAUUUGCCGCUUAAAGGACGCCAUUGGGCGAAGCAGUAUGGUGAUUUGAAGAUAAAAGAGGACUACGAACACAUCAAACGAUACGCGCCGCUGUUACACAUUAACGAGCCAAAGGACUGUACUGAAGCGUAUCCGACGACUCUGAUAGUUGCGAGUAGAUUCGAUGAAAUCGUCAAUUUUGCAAACUCCUUGAAAUAUGUGGCAUUAAGGCGUACGAUUGCUGCUAAAAAUGAAUUCCAAAACGAGAAGCCAGUUUUGUUAAAGGUGAUCAACACAGGUGGCCACGCUUAUGAGUCUGCGGAAAAACGAGAGUUUUUCGAUGUAGUAAUAUCGAAACUGCGAUUCUUGGCUCAAGCGAUGGACUUGAAAUUGGAUGCACUAUAUCAGUAGAAACGAAGUUUGAGACUUUAGAACACAAGAGACUCGGUAAUUAAUUAUGCUGUUGCUGUUGCUGUCUCCUGUGAAACUGAGUAUGACCACUUUACAUUUACUAUGAGAGAAAAUAUUUUUUUGAAUAAAAAACUUAUGAAAGAUGAAUCAGGAGUUGAUGGGCAAAGAAA